UGUCCCUUGUACGUCACUUUGGAUAAAAGUGUCUGCUAGAUGACUAAAUGUAAUGUAAAUGGAAUAUUUAACCUUUCAUUAUAAUGAUUUAUCAGGACACCUUCAGAAAGGUAUUGCUUUUUUGUAAUUCCAGAUUACUAUUAUGUCAUGUGUCACUAUGUUUUGCAGACUUGCUGAAUGCAAACUUACAGAUAAGUCCUGUGGAAUUGUGGCUACAGUUCUACAGUCACCAAACUCCCUGGCAGAGCUGGAUCUGUGUAACAAUGACCUGGGAGAUUCUGGAGUUCAACUUCUCUCUAAUGGAUUGUCUAGUCCCCACUGCAAACUGCAGACAUUAAGGCUCUGUAAUUGUCGGAUCUCAAAUGAAGGAUAUGUUUUUCUGGCACUCACACUGAUGUUAAACCCCUCCUGUGUGAAAGAACUGGAUGUGAGCAACAAUCAUCCUGGCGAAUCAGCACAGAAGCUGUUGACUUCUAGACUUGAGGAUCCUCAUCGUAAAGUUGAAGCACUUCAACUUGCUGAAUGUAAUCUCACAGAUAAGUCCUGUGGAAUUGUGGCUAUUGUUCUACAGUCACCAAACACCCUGACAGAGCUGGACCUGUGUAAGAAUGACCUGGGAGAUUCUGGAAUUCAGCUUCUUUCUAACGGACUGUCUAGUCCCCACUGCAAACUGCAGAUAUUAAGGCUCUCUGAUUGUCUCAUCUCAGAAAAGGGUUGUAUUUGUCUGGCUUCAGCUCUUUCUUCAAACCCCUCCCACCUAAAAGAGCUGGAUCUGAGCUACAAUUAUCCCGGAGAAUCAGGACUGAAGCUGUUAUCUGUUAGACUGGAGGAUCCUGACUGUAAACUGGAGACGCUUAAAACUGACCAUGCUUCUGAAAACAGAGCUCGACCACGUUUGCUGAGAUAUGCCUGUGAGCUCACACUGGACCCAAACACAGCAGGCAGACUUCUCUCUCUCUCUGAGGGGAACAGAAAGGUGACACGUGUGAGAGAGGAGCAGCCGUAUCCUGACCACCCAGAGAGAUUUGACUGGUGUAAUCAGGUGUUGUGUAGAGAGGGUCAGUCUGGACGCUGCUACUGGGAGGCUGAGUGGAGUGGGGAUAGGGCUGAGUGGAGUGGGGGUGGGGCUGAUAUAGCUGUGGCGUAUAAAAGCAUCCAGAGGAAAGAGGGAAGUGAUAACAGCAUACUGGGACAUAAUGACAAGUCCUGGAGUCUGCUCUGCUCUCCUAACAUUUACUCUGCCUGGCACAAUAAUGAAGACACUGACAUACCUGCCCCCUCCUCCCGCUCCAGCAGAGUAGGAGUGUACCUGGACUGGCUGGCCGGCACUCUGUCCUUCUACAGCGUCUCCUCUGACACACUCACCCACCUGCACACGUUCCACUCCACAUUCACUGAGCCCCUCUAUCCUGGGUUUGGGGUUAAUUAUGGGGGCUCAGUGUCCCUGUGCCAGAUCACAUGACCUCCCCAUGCUGCAGGAACACAGGAGUCACCCACUCCUGUUCAUACACAUGUGUGAUGCUGUGAUGUUAUGGAAAUAGUGAUAUGUGUAUUCUGUUUACACACCACUGCUUUGAUGUUACUAUGCAAAUGGUGAUAUUGCUUUUUUGUAUAUUUUGUCCAUUUUUCAGAAUUUAGUAUGUGGGUUACAAGAAUAGCAGCAACAACAUGAUGUAUUCUGCUCUCUUUAAGGUUUAGUUAUUUGCUGCAUCUGUCCCAAGCUAUUGUAGUGGCUGUGCAUAUUCAGCUGUUAGAUCAAGUUAUAUUAUCAGUCUGUUUGUUUCCUUUCUUUCUCUUUGUUUUUGUACAUUGAUACUCCAAACCCCCAGGUGAUGGUCGAAUAAAUUGCAAGCCACUGAAUUUUAGUCUCCAUGCUGCCUUUUUGUGCAUAAAGACCUUCAACAUGUAUCCCUUUAACAGUGUGUGUGUGUGAAUAUGAGAGGCAUAGUUAUUGUGUAAUGUGUGUGUGUGGUUCCUGUCCUCUGUGUAUCUGUUGUUCUGGAUAUGUAGACUGGUGAAAAUGAAGAGAAGUAAGACAGAACCUCACAGCAGUGAAGAGUGAUGUUCUGCACACUGGACAAUAAAAACAUGCUCUUUUUUCCUGAAAUAAAAUGUCUAAAUAAAUACAAUACAUUUGUUUGGAGAAUAUAACUUGG